CGGGGAGUUUCCUGAUCCUUGUGUGGGUUUCGUUGGUCCGUGGUUCGGUCCGUGCUGGUCCGGUCUGUCCGAUGCCCGGUUCUGGGUCUGCGUGCUCGCAGCACGGCUCAGCCAACCUGAGCAGCAGCAGCAGGCAGGUGUGCUAAGGUGUCCAACAUGUCCCCGAUCAGAAGACUCAGAGCUGCUGAGGGUGACGACACACUGGCAGAAGAGCCAAACCUCUUCACCUGUUUUGAGGCUACACCACCAGUGGCGGCUACACCCCCCGACUGGCCACAGCAGCCUCACCCUGUCAGUAGGGCUGGGCGACAUGAGGAAAUCUAAUAUGACCAUGUUUUGGAGCGACAUCAGAGACGUGAUCUGUAUCGCCACACGUUCUAACGAGGAGUUGCUGGUGGGGGCGCCACGCGUCCUGGUUACCGGGGCGACAGGCCUCCUGGGGCGAGCGGUGUGCCGAGAGUUUCACAGCGCCGGAUGGACCGUCACUGGGACGGGAUACAGGAGAGCCAGGCUCCGCCUUCUGCGCUGUGACCUCACAGACGAGGACGCCGUCAGAGGACUGCUGCACGAAUACAAGCCUGAUGUGAUCGUCCACUGUGCGGCCGAGAGGCGUCCAGAUGUUAUGGAGAGACACACGGAAGCAGCUGUUAAUCUGAACGUGCACGCCACGAGCACUCUCGCCAAGGAGGCAGCCACCUGCGGGGCGCUCUUCCUCUACAUCAGCACCGACUACGUGUUUGACGGCAGGAAUCCUCCGUACGGUGAGGACGACAGUCCAAACCCGCUCAACGUUUAUGGGCGGAGCAAACUGGAGGGGGAGAGGGAGACGCUGCGCCACUGUCCAGGUGCGGUGGUACUGCGGGUGCCCGUUCUGUUUGGGGAGGUGGAGUCGGUGACGGAGAGCGUGGUGACGUCGUUGUACCUGAAGGUUCAGGAGGCGUCAGAGGAGAGCUGCACGCUGGAUCACGUCUUGCAGAGAUUCCCCACUGACGCCCGAGACGUCGCUGCCGUCUGCAGGAAGCUGUCUGAGAGAGCACGACAGGACCCGUCCAUCAGAGGAAUCUUUCACUUCUCUGGGAAAGAGCAGAUGACUAAAUAUGAAAUGGCGGUCGCCAUCGCUCAGGCCUUCAACCUGCCGUCCGGCCACCUCAUACCUCUGACCGAGCAGCCGGCGGCGUCGGCUCUUCGUCCCAUCAACAGUCAGUUAAACUGUUGUCGUCUGGAGCUGCUGAACCUGAGCGUGGAACCGCGACCUUUCACCUCCGCCAUUAUCGACUGUCUGUGGCCGUUCACGCCCGACAAACGCUGGAGACAGACCGUCUUCCACUGAGACGACUGGAUUAGCAGCGGGCCGGAUGUACAGAUUAUUUAGUCUUUGUGCCCCAAGUCCUGUCUGCAAGCUCUGCACUGCUGAUAGUAUUACCAGGUCAUAGUCCUGCACCAGAUUAUACUCAGAACGUUACCAGAUUACAGUCAGAAUAAUGUUCUGGGUUGAGUGCUGUUAAUCCCUAAUUGUUCAUGUCUUGUGUCAGUGUUUGCAUAGAUUCAAUUUAUAUCAGUGUGAACAAGCUGAGUGUGCUCUGUAAGAUUCACACUACACUUCAGUGUAUUCUGACAACAAAAUGUUACAUAUUAUAUCACCACCUCCAAUCUUCACUCUAAUCUGGAAUUUAUUGGGUUAGUCCAGACGCUGUUAGUUUAACCUGGUCUCUGUUAGGUUAAUCUGGUCUCUGUUAGGUUAAUC